AUGGCGCUGCGAUUCCGGCCCCCGAAGCCGAGCCAGAAGAUCCUGCCGGUUAAACCGACAAAGGGUCAUUUCUUGUUCGCUCACCAGGAGUUCAAGCGUGUGCCCUGGUGGAAGAGGAAGAAUAUGCGUACCCUGUACAUCGACAUUGUCAUCCUCAUCAUGACCAACACAGCCAACGGUUUCGAUGGUUCCAUGAUGAAUGGUCUCCAAACCCUGUCCUACUGGCAGGAAUACUUCAAUCACCCUCACGGCUCGCUUCUGGGCCUCUUCAAUGCCUCCAUGAGUCUUGGCUUGUUACUCGGUCUGUUCGUCGUGCCUUACAUGAUCGAUGCCUGGGGUCGCAGGCUCGGCUGUUUCGUUGGAUGUCUCAUCAUGCUGCUUGCAGUGGGGUUGCAGUCUGGUGCUACUGGCUUUGGCAUGUUCAUCGCUGCCCGUCUUCUUAUUGGGUUUGGUGACUGCCUCGUUCUUGGUAGCGCUCCGCUCCUCAUCGCCGAGAUCGCGCAUCCACAAGACCGGGCCGUUCUGGUCACACUUAGUGGUGCUUCUUAUCACUCUGGCGCGUUCAUUGCUAGCUGGGUGACAUUGGGCACAUUGAAGAUUGAAAGCAACUGGUCGUGGCGUCUGCCCAGCCUGUUGCAGGCCAUUUGCACAAUUGUCAUUGUGUCUGGUAUUUGGCUAAUGCCAGAAAGCCCUCGUUGGUUGAUGAGCAAGGGGAGACACGAUGAAGCCAUGCGGAUUGGCGUCAAAUAUCAUGACGAGGGGGACCAGGAUGACGCAUUUGUGCAUCUGGAGUAUGCAGAGAUCAAGGCUGCCAUUGAUCUGGAUAAGGAGAUUGACCAAACUCGUUGGGUUGAUUUCUUGAAAACCAAGGGCAACCGCAAGCGAAUCGGCCUGAUCACCGCUCUGGGCCUUUUCAGUCAAUGGAGUGGCAAUGGUUUGAUUUCUUACUAUCUCAAGCAAGUCAUGGAUAGUGUUGGUAUUACCCAGGCUUCCACACAACUCGGUAUCAAUGCGGAUAUCAAGACCGAAGCCUUGGUCACCAACUUCACCCUGGCCUUCUUUAUCGACAGAUUGGGAAGACGGCCGGUCUACCUGGUCUCGACAGUUGGCACGUGCGUGGUCUUCAACGCAUGGGCCAUCGUGUCAGCUCGAUCUGGCCUAAUGGCAACCUACACCACUGAAAUCCUUUCCUACCGUCUUCGUGCCAAGGGCUUCACCUGGCUGAACUUCUGUGUCACCGCGGCACUCUUCUUCAAUCAGUACAUUAACGCAAUUGCCCUCGAUGCCAUUGGCUGGAAGUAUUACAUCGUCUACUGCGUCUUCCUAGGAAUGGAGGUGUUCGUUAUCUACACCUUCUUGAUCGAAACUCGGUACACUCCCAUGGAGGAAAUCACCAAGUACUUCGAUGGCGACGACGCAGUCGAUGUUGGUGAGGUUGCCGUAGCGGACAUGAAAGAGCAAGCCAGGGAGUCAGAGGGCAAGGCAGCUACUGUCCAUGUUGAAGUGAAGGAGUAA